UGACCUCUCUCCUAUAAAUCAAGGCCCUAACCUUACACCAUUUCCACAAUUCAUCUGGCAAAUAGAACGACAAUUCUCUUCUCAUCCCCAAGCGAUCAAUCAAGAUGCAAAUCUUCGUCAAGACCCUCACAGGCAAGACAAUCACUCUCGAGGUCGAGAGCUCCGACACAAUUGACAAUGUUAAGGCGAAAAUCCAGGACAAGGAGGGGAUCCCCCCGGACCAGCAGAGGCUGAUCUUCGCUGGUAAGCAGUUGGAGGAUGGCCGAACGCUCGCCGACUACAACAUCCAGAAAGAGUCCACCCUCCACUUGGUCCUCCGUCUCCGUGGUGGUAUGCAAAUCUUCGUCAAGACCCUCACGGGCAAGACGAUCACUUUGGAGGUUGAGAGCUCCGACACCAUCGACAACGUGAAAGCUAAGAUUCAGGACAAGGAGGGCAUCCCACCUGACCAGCAGAGGCUGAUCUUCGCUGGAAAGCAGCUUGAGGACGGCCGAACCUUGGCUGACUACAACAUCCAGAAGGAGUCCACCCUCCACUUGGUCCUCCGUCUCCGUGGUGGCAUGCAAAUCUUCGUCAAGACCCUUACGGGCAAGACGAUCACUUUGGAGGUCGAGAGCUCUGACACCAUCGACAACGUGAAAGCCAAGAUCCAGGACAAGGAAGGCAUCCCACCGGACCAGCAGAGGUUGAUCUUUGCCGGUAAGCAGUUGGAGGAUGGCCGUACUCUGGCCGACUACAACAUCCAGAAGGAGUCCACUCUCCAUCUGGUCCUCCGUCUCCGUGGUGGUAUGCAGAUAUUUGUGAAGACUCUGACCGGCAAGACCAUCACCCUCGAGGUCGAGAGCUCUGACACCAUCGACAAUGUCAAGGCUAAGAUCCAGGACAAGGAGGGGAUCCCACCGGACCAGCAGAGGCUGAUCUUUGCCGGUAAGCAGCUGGAGGAUGGCCGCACCCUGGCGGACUACAACAUCCAGAAGGAGUCUACCCUUCACUUGGUCCUCCGUCUGCGAGGUGGAAUGCAGAUUUUCGUGAAGACCCUGACGGGGAAGACCAUCACCCUGGAGGUGGAAAGCUCGGACACCAUUGACAACGUGAAGGCCAAGAUCCAGGACAAGGAAGGGAUCCCACCGGACCAGCAGCGUCUGAUCUUUGCCGGGAAGCAGCUGGAGGACGGUCGCACCCUGGCGGACUACAACAUCCAGAAGGAGUCGACCCUCCACCUUGUCCUGCGUCUGCGUGGUGGUCUCUGAAAGUAUAUGGCUGGUUGGUCUAAAAAAGUAUGUCUUGUUUCCGUUCCGUGACUCUGUCUGUGUUGUUGAUGGUUGGGGGCUCUAGUCAAAAGGCCCCGUAAUAAUUCUGUACUCUUCUCUCGUAAUCGUGUUCUAUUUGAAUUGCGCUUUUAUUCUGUAAACGACUUCCGGCAAUGCCUCCUUGGUACAAUACUAUCUGUUGGGUAA